UUCUCGGCGAAAGAUAAAAGCGGUGCAAGAGACGAAAGAGAGGGACGUCGUUUAGCAGGAGGGCCCCACAGAUGCGGGGCCCGGAGGGGCCAGUCCGCGGCGGCGUGACGCGAUGCGGACGUCCUCCUCCUCAUCUCCGAGGAAGAGGAAGAGGAAAAACCUCUCGCCUCUCUACCCUAUCGAAGGGCUGCCACCCUUGGACAAUAGUUUUAAACGAUCGUUCAUCUUCCACGAUGCUCGUGUCCGACAUUCUACUCCGGUGUACCAGCGGUGCCUUUGGCCGGAAACGAACGGUUACGAACGGCGCGGGUCUCUCGAUAUCGAGGUUCAUCUGUCGGGGGAUGUUUUUGGGAACGGAUGCGGUGUCUGUGGCGACGGAAGUGCGACAAGCGGCGGGGGUGAGUGGAACGAAGGGCUCGAGCAACGCGGCGACAGAUCGAAAAAGUGUUUGGCGACGAUCGUCGUGUUCCUCGGACUUUUGUGCGGACAUUGGUGCUCCGUCGGGGCAGAGGCGCUCGCGGGCAGCCAGAAGUACAGCACGAGGACGGUUAGAACGAGAUACGGCACUUUACGAGGCGUCGAAGCCAGAUCCUCGACGUCCGUCGAGACUUAUUAUGGGGUCCCGUACGCCACGCCGCCGAUCGGAGCCCUGCGAUACAUGCCACCGGUCACACCGACCCCAUGGAGAGAUAUCAAAGUGGCGGACACCAUGCCACCCGCGUGCCCCCAGAAACCACCGAAACCAGACCCGAGCCAGCCACGGAACAAACGCGCCUAUCUCGAGAGGCUAGCGCCGUUGCUGGCCAACCAGAGCGAAGACUGCCUAUAUUUGAACCUCUAUGUGCCCAAACCUCCUCGUGGUAGUACCCCAGAUCUGUUACCAGCUCUUCUUCUUAUUCACGGUGAUUCCUAUUCGUGGGGUGCUGGGAAUUCUUUCGACGGGACUGCAUUGGCUGCUUAUGGACGUCUUAUCGUCGUUACCAUUAAUUUUCGCCUUGGUGUACUCGGUUUCCUGAAAACUGGUCCAAAGGGUAGUGCGCAAGGAAAUUAUGGAUUGAUGGACUUGGUGGCAGGACUUCACUGGCUGCAUGAAAAUCUCGGUGCUUUCGGAGGCGAUCCUGAUCGACUUACACUCUUUGGCCAUGGAACUGGAGCUGCGCUCGCCAAUUUUUUAGCCGUUUCACCCAUGGCGAAAGAGUUAGUCGAAAGGGUGGUUUUGCUAGGUGGGUCAGCUUUGUCACCAUGGGCUAUACAACGUGAUCCUUUAAUGGUGAAACGUCGAGUCGCCGAUCAGACCGGAUGUCCUAGUGACGUGGAAGCUGACGAUAUUGCACCGUGCCUUCGUUUGCGAAAUCUGGAAGAGCUUCUCGCGGUGCAGCUGGAUCCUCCGAGAUUCACUUCUGGAUUUGCUCCUUUCAUCGAUGGGGCUGUCAUGCCGCAACCUGUCAAUCAGAAUUUCCAGCCCACUGCCUCAUCGUCGGGACUGAUGCCCUUGGUACCUGGACCUGGCACCGAGUUCGCCAAUUUCGCCGAUCGAGAUUUGCUGCUCGGUUUAACGUCCGAGGAAGCUUGGGUCAAUCUCACCGACGAAGAUUUGAUGAACGGCCUGAACGAGACCCGGAGGGAUCGCAUCCUGCGCACCUACGUACGAAACACGUAUCGUUACCACCUUCACGAAAUUUACUCGACCCUCCGUAACGAGUACACGGAUUGGGAAAGGGGUGAACAGAGUCCAUCAGCGAUUUGCGAGGGUCUUCUUUCCCUCCUCGGGGAUGGUCAAGUUGCCGCGCCUCUUUUAAGGCUGGCUCUGCUGCACUCGGCCUCCGGGGGACGUGGUUAUUUCCUGCAUUUCCAACUUGGCGAUCGACCAAGUCAGAGGGGCGAGGAGGUCCCUUAUCUCCUGGGGAUACCUCUCCUUCGUGGAGAAGUCGUGUCCGUUUUGUUCGCCCCGACCAAUUACACUCUGGUCGAUGAGAACCUGUCUAAACUGCUGGUCCACUACUUGGCGAACUUUGUGAGACGCGGGUCGUGGUUGUAUCUGUUCUGUGCACGAUGCCACGGACGCGACGACACACCAUCCUGGGAGCCACCCGGCUGGAGAAAAGCCUGUCCCCAUCCAUUUUGUCCGAGCUACAGAAAAUUCGCUCGAGUCUUGUGUCUGUUCUUGUUGGGCCUACUGCUCUGGGGCAUUGUCUACACGAUAAUGGGCGAGACUGCUGCUCCUGGUGGACAACUCUUUGGCCUUGCUGUUCUUUGUUUAGCGGCACACUUUGCCGGGUGGUUGUUCUCGUUAACCACCCUUCCUGCGCUGAUCGGCAUGCUGAUUACCGGGAUUGUAUUUCAAAACGUCGGUUUGGUGCAUGUUGAGGGUGGUUAUAAUAUCGUCGUCUCCAAUCUAAGAAAAAUUGCUCUAGUCAUUAUCCUCACGAGAGCCGGGCUGGAUUUGGACCCAGGAGCCCUGCAGAGGUUGCGAAUCACCGUACCAAAAAUUGGUUUAAUACCCUGGACCGUUGAAAUGAUCGUAGUGGCUACAUUAACGUCGCAUCUCCUGGAUUUGCCAUUGAUAUGGGGUUUUCUUCUGGGAAGCGUCGUCGCUGCUGUUUCACCGGCUGUCGUUGUGCCUUGCCUCUUCAGGUUACGGGCUAAAGGCUAUGGGGUUGCCAAGGGUAUCCCGACUUUGAUCAUCGCUAUAUCCGGAAUCGACGACGCAGCUUCAGUCGCAAUUCACGGAAUCAUGAAAAGCAUUAUGUUCUCCCACGAUGCACUAUGGUAUCAAAUCCUCCAGGGACCUAUAUCCAUUAUCGGAGGACUUGGAUUCGGAGUAUUAUGGGGUUGGCUAGCAAAAUAUGUGCCUGAGAAGGGUGACCCGUUCGUGGUCCCCCUGAGAGUACUGAUGUUAUUAGGGGGUGGACUGGUGGCAGUAUUUGGAAGCGAGGCGAUCGAGCUUGGGGGUGCUGGACCCUUGGCUGUGGUUGCUGCUGCCUUUGUCAGCUGUUAUUUUUGGCAAAAACAAGGCUGGGAAGUCGAUGACAAUCCCGUGGCCACCGCGUUCGAGAUCUUCUGGAUGAUCUUCGAGCCGAUCCUGUUCGCCAUGACGGGCACCCAAAUCAGGAUCGACGAGUUGGACAGCAAGACGUUGUACCUGUCCCUCGGAUGCCUGUUGUCGGCCUUCGUGAUUCGGAUAAUCAUCACGAUCCUGGUGGGAGUGCGUUCGCAGUUGAACCUGAAGGAGAAGGUGUUCAUCGCGAUAGCCUGCAUGGCGAAGGCGACGGUGCAGGCUGCUUUGGCACCAACGACGCUGGACAAGAUCGACCCGAACAACCCGGAACAGGUGUACUAUGCAGAGACGGUGAUGACCGUGUGCGUGCUCUCGAUCCUGCUCACCGCUCCUUCAGGGGCGAUUCUUAUUACCCUGUUGGGACCGAAACUCCUGACGAAGACCACAGCGCCUAUGGUGCCCGCCGAGGGUUGGAAAGCUCGUAGACCCUCGAUUCGAGACAUCUCCAUCAUCAACGAGGACCCGGACCUCGAGGAGACCGCAAACGAGAGGAAACCUUGAGGCGAAAUGCCUGUGCGAAUGGCGCUCCGUCGAACGUGACCGUUUUUCCUUAUUUCGCUGUAGGUCUUGUGUAAUACCCGCGUCACGGGUUAAUUCGGAACCUCUUUUCUUUCGUGCUGAAUAUUCAUUGUUAACGUCGAGAGCUUUCGAAAUGCUGCCUUCGAAUUUAAGGAGUAUGCGUGCGAUAAUGGGUCACGUUAUUCCUGGUUCUUCUAUGUGCGCUGGGUCUUAAUGUGCUGGUUAACCUUAUUGAAUUAUGGCAUAUUUUUUAUGUUUGGUGGGUAGACUUCAAAAUUUGGGGGCUGGAGUAAUUGAAAAAUUGAAAAUUCAAAAAUUAAAAAAAUUAAAUGUUGAUAACUGAAUAGUUGAGUAACUGGAGAAUUGAAGAAUUGAAGAAUUGAAGAAUUGAAGAAUUGAAGAAUUGAAGAAUUGAAGAAUUGAAUAAGUGAAUCGUUGAAAAAUUAAAUAAUUACACAAUUGAAUCAUUGAAUAAUUGAAUCAUUGAGUCA